AUGGCCGAUUUCGAGGAGGCCAUCGAGGCCACGAAAUUCGGCACCUUCAACAUCCUCAUCAUCCUUCUCGGUCUUCCGUCCGGCUGGGUGACGAUCUUCGAGACGACGGACAUCUCCUUCGUGAAUCCGGUGGCGCACUGCGACCUGAACUACGGCAUCGACGAGGGCGGUUUCAUCUUCUCCGUGACGUAUCUGGGUGAGAAUCUGGGUAUGCUGACCGGUAGUCCCGUGUGGGGUUUCUUCUCGGACACUUUCGGGCGAAGAAAGGUGAUCAUAUUCUGUUACACAAUGCACGCUUUCGUUGUCAGCAUCACGGGACAAUCGCAGACUUAUAUAAUGCUUCUGGUGUUGAAAUUCAUCGGCGGUUUCAUUGUUAAUGGACCGUUUUCCAUUUUAACGACGAUCUUCUCAGAGUUCCACAGCGCCAAGUACAGGGCCCGAGUGAUGCUGAUGAUCGGUGUGAUCGCCGCUUCAGCAAACAUCAUUUUACCCGUAGUCGCUUGGGGUAUCCUCCUCUUGCAAGUCAACAUCAACAUAGGAGAUUACCACUUUCAUUCGUGGAAUAUCCUGUUGCAUCUGUGCGCCAUCCCGAGCAUCGCCUGCGCCAUCGCCUACAUCUUCGUCCCGGAAAGUCCCAAAUAUUUGAUGGCCUCUGGAAGAAACGAUGAGGCUCUUUUGGUCUUCAAGAAGAUGUACAGGUUGAACACGGGCAAACCGGAGAACACUUAUCCGGUCAGAGAUUUGGUCGAAGAAGUGCUCAUCGGAAUGGACGACGAAGACGAUGCCAACACGCAGGACAUGUCCAAAGCGAAGAUGGCGUAUCGAAAGAUGGCCAAAGGCUUCAAGCAAUCUUCGAAACUGUUCUUUCCGCCGCAUCUCAAGUGCUUCCUGAUUAUUUGCGUCAUGCAGCUCGGCGUGAUGAUGGGAUUGAACACCUUCCGGCUUUGGAUUCCCGAGAUCUUCUCAACUUUG